UCCGCUCUGCGUCGCGUCUGCGUUGGUUUUCUUCCAAAGUGGAAUGCAGUCUUCAUCAGAUAACUUCUGUAGUUUUGCGCUUUAGAAGAGUUUGCAUGGGUUCGCUCUUUUGUUUGAAUUGAUUUGUUAGGUAUUUUUUCCGUUUCGAAAAACAUGACUGGAGUUUUUGACAGCCUCAGUACAGAUAUGCAUUCAAACCAGAUUACCUCCAGCAGUUACCACAGUCUGCACAAAUCCCAGGAAUCACCGACUCUACCGGUCUCCACCGCCACCGACAGCAGCUACUAUAAUAAUAACCAGCAGGCCGGACAGUGCGCCGGCUCUCCAUACGACCAGAUCAGCUCUUACCAGUACCAGAACAACAGCAUGAACAGCGUCCAGUACAACACCAAGUCAUACGAGCUGGGCUUUGGCAAUGCCUUUGGCCCCUACAGCACGUACGGCUCCUGCUCCUCACCAACUCCUGCGGAUGCUGAAAAAGAAGAAAGUGAACCUGAAAUCCGAAUGGUUAAUGGAAAACCAAAGAAGGUCCGAAAACCUCGAACUAUUUAUUCGAGUUUCCAGCUGGCGGCCCUGCAGAGGAGGUUCCAGAAGACUCAGUAUCUGGCUCUGCCGGAAAGAGCCGAACUGGCCGCAAUUUUAGGCCUCACACAAACACAGGUAAAAAUCUGGUUCCAGAAUCGUCGUUCAAAGUUCAAGAAGUUGUGGAAAAGUGGAGAAAUCCCACCCGAGCAGCAUGUGGCCUCCAGCGAGUCUCCACCUCAGCACUCGCCGCCUCUCAACUCGGCCUGGGACUUCACUCACAAUCCGAUCAUGAACACUGUAAACUCGGCAUUGCCCCAGAGCAACAGCCCUCCGAACACAACGACCCCAUCCUUCCUGACAAACUACCCCUGGUACUCAUCCACGAACUCUGCGACCCAUCUACAGCUACAUCACCACAACACAACUGUCAGUGCUGGGACCAUAUUUUGACUCAAAUGACUCUUUUGUCAUAUUGUGAACAUGCAACUAAAAUGACUUUUAGGCCUGUUUUCAAUCUGAAUGGUGAGACUUCUUCACUCUUCCCACAUUGAUCAUUGCCCGUGCGUUUUUGCACGCAACACUGUUGGCUUUCAUGCAGGCAAGAACUAAAGAACAAACAUAUACAAUUAUUUUUGUAUUUAUUUAUUUUCUUUCUAGGGGUGGUACAUUAAUGGAUUAAAACGAAUUGUUCAGUAAACCACUAUUAUCCAAAGCCUAGAGAACUCAUGUAGACAUUAUAGGAGUGAAUAUUUCAGCAGGGUGUAUUAAAAUCAUCAGAGCACAUGUAGCACAACCUGAAGCCUUUGUUUUUUUAAUGACUUCGCUGUCCUUAUAUCCACCGUAAAUGUGUUUUUCUGUGCCCGUCUUUGAAUUCAUACUUUUUGUUCGUUUUAUAUUUAGUACAUAAGCUAAUUUGGAAAUACGAUAUCUGUCUCUGUGUUUUACAGCGUCUCCUUAUUAAUGUUGCCAUUCGUCUAGGAUAUCAUAUAGGGUUCUCACUGUUUUUUGAUUAUUAUAGACAAAACGCUAAUGAAAAUCACUCGCAAGCUACUGAUUGUCCAAAUGUUAUGAGAUUAUUUUCUUAGUUGUAUUUAUUUUGAAAUACGAACGAACAGUUUUGCCACUAUUAUGAAUCACACUUAUUUAAAUAAAAUG